AUGGAACCUUUUCAGCAUCAGAGACAGAUUCAGAAAUAUAGAAGGAGACUUGGAAUGCCUUAUGCUAAUUCCAACUGUAAUGGUAAAAUCUGGUUUUUUGUGCAACACAAUGUUGAUGUUAAGGUUCUGUUGGAUACUGAGCAAUCCAUUACUGUAAAGCUGCAGUUUCAUGAUUUGAAUAGAGAUAUGGUGGUUACAAUGGAAUAUGCUAAAUGUUCAGAUGUGGAGAUAAUGCAGUUGUGGGAUUGUUUAUACUUCUUGGCUAGUAAUAUGACAUCUCCUUGGCUGAUGCCUUUCAAAGGGAGUCCUUUCACCUGGUUUAAUGGUAGGGCUGCCAAUGACUGCAUUUUUAAGAGAUUGGACGGGAUUGUGCAUAAUGAUACAUUUCAGAAUUGGUUUGGACACCUAGAAGUGGAACAUUUGUCAAGGACUGGUUCUGAUCAUGCACCAUUACUUCAAUGGGAAAUAGUCUUAUCUGAUGAUGCGUUUCUGUCAUUUACACUCAAGAUGAAGAAACUGAAAGAUGCAUUAAGUACAUGGAGUAAGACUACUUUUGGGGACAUUUUUAAACAACUAAUAAUCAGAGAGGAUAUAGUUAAGAUUAAAGAGCAGUUGUUUGAGGAGAAUCCAUCUGAAGAAAAUAGAAUGGUCAUGCAAAGGGCAAAAGCAGAACUUAAACUGUAUCUUCACUAUGAGGAAGAAUUCUGGAGGCAAAAAUCUGGGAUGGACUGUUUCUUUGAAGAUGAUAAGAAUACAAGAUAUUUCCAUAGUUUGGUAAAAGGAAGAAGGAAAAUAAUACAGAUUAAGAGGAUUAAAGAUGAUACUGGAAGUUGGCUAGAGGAUGCUGAUAGUGUUGCUGCUGAAGCUGUUAACUUUUUCCAUAAGCAAUUUACUCAUGAGGAGGUUAGUGAAGAUUCUCCAAUCCUUAAUCAUAUUCCUGAGCUGAUUAGAGAGGAGGAUAAUAUAAUACUUGCUGAACAACCUACUAUGGAGGAAGUACAAAAGGUAGUAUUUGAAUUAAAUGGGGACAGUACCUGUGGCCCUGAUGAAUUUUCUAGUAUAUUUUAUCAGAAGUGUUGGGAGGUGAUCAAGGCUGAUGUAUUUAGUGUUGUUAAAGCUUUCUUUGAAGCAUAG